AAUCGUUUCUAUGGUUACCCUAAUGUCGAUCAGAAUCGUCUGCUGCGACGUUUCGGCAAGAUUGGUAUACGUGAGUCCACAUGCCAUGAAAUUACAUUUUGUUGUUGCAUUUGAAAAGUUUUGAUACAUUUAAACUAAAUGUCUGCCUUAGUCACGCGAUGUAUCAGUUCAGUCUAUUUACUUCGUUCACAUCCGGUACUUGCGUCUGUAGUUGUCAAAUUUCCGACUACUCAACGUCCGACAUGUGAUGUUUACCGGUUCGAUUUAUGUAACCGAUACUACUCACGAAAGCCAUGUAAUUCAUUUUCCAAAUCUCUACACAUCUCAACUAUUUAUAAUGCUCAAGGUAACCAACAGUCAGAGCAAGAAAAGGCUAAGAGUGAAGUGCCGAGUAAAGCACAAGACCAAUCAAAUUCUGAUAGCCCUCCAGCUAAGGUUUCACUCUUUCAAAGAUUUAAACAAAUGUACAAGGACUAUUGGUAUGUCCUGAUUCCUGUACAUGUUGCAACUUCUGCCGUUUGGACCUGUGGCUUCUACUUUGCAGUUAAAAAUGGCCUAGAUGUUGUUGCACUACUAGAAAAUAUAGGAGUUGGUGAAAAAAUCAUAAAUCCUCUUAGAAAUUCAAGUGUGGGGUACUAUGCCCUAACUUAUGCGCUCUAUAAAGUGGCCAGUCCUGCACGUUAUGCUGUGACUGUUGGAGGCACCACUCUUUCCAUAAAUUAUCUUACGCGCUGGGGCUACAUCAAACCAGCAUCCAAAGAGAAAAUGCAGGUGUUCUACCAAAAACAUAAGGAUGAGUUCUCCAAGCGAGGUGACGUUUUCCGGGGAAAACUAAGACAACAUAGAACUGAUUUAAAGAAACGGAUGACGUUCGGCAAGAAAAAACUUAAAAAGUGAGAUAACCCUUAUGUAUACAUUGUGAAAGUUAUAUGACAGUUUAUUGUGUUACGACAAAAUCAGACUACAUAGUCAACAAUUCUUUGAAAAAAAAAAAUGUACGAUGAGCUUGGCUCUUCCACAGGAAAA